AUGGAUCUGCUGCCAAACUUUUCUUUUGCCACUUGGCUGCUCCUCAUCGUUUUCCUUAGCCUCCUGGUCCUCUAUGGGAUAUGGCCCUUCCGGACAUUCAGGAAGCUGGGCAUUCCCGGGCCACAGCCUCUGCCAUUUCUGGGAACUUUCCUGGGGUAUCGGCAUGGACUCCUGAAUUUUGAUCAGAUGUGCUUUGAAAAAUACGGUAGAAUCUGGGGGAUUUUUGAUGGUAGGCAGCCGGUCCUGGCUGUUUUGGAUCCCCUCCUCAUCAAAAACGUCCUGGUGAAAGAGUGCUAUACCAUUUUUACCAAUCGCCGGAACUUCCGUCUGAAUGGGAUCCUGGAGUCAGCCAUCAACGUGGCUGAAGAUGAGAAGUGGAAAAGGAUACGUACUGUGCUGUCUCCAACCUUCACCAGCGGGAAGCUGAAGGAGAUGUUCCCUAUCAUUAAUCACUAUGGCAAAAAAUUAGUGGAAAGCAUUGAGAAGAAAGUGGCUAAUGAUGAGUUUGUGACCAUGAAGGACAUUUUUGGAGCCUACAGCAUGGAUGUGGUGGCCAGCACUUCUUUCAGUGUGAAUAUUGACUCCAUGAGCAACCCCAAUGACCCCUUUGUCACCAACAUUAAGAAAUUCUUCAAAUUCAGUUUCCUGAACCCCGUGUUCGUAUUCUUAGUGUUGUUCCCCUUUGUUAUCCCAGUGCUGGAAAAGAUGAAAGUGACUCUGUUACCCUCAAAGGUUAUGGACUUCUUCAUGGGCGUCUUCCUAAAAAUGAAGGAGGAACGGAAAAAGGGCAUCAGCACGGACCGGGUUGAUUUCCUGCAACUCAUGGUUGACUCGCAGAGCUCCCAUGACAGCUCCAAGUCUGCUGAGACUGACUCCUACAAAUCAUUAAGUGACGAGGAGAUUCUGGCCCAGUCUCUUCUCUUUGUCUUUGCUGGUUAUGAGACCACCAGCUCCACCCUCAGCUACAUCUCAUAUAACCUGGCCACCCACCCUGACGUGCAGCGGCGACUCCAGGAUGAGAUCGAUGCAACCCUGACCGACAAAGCUACUUCCAUGUACAACGCCAUCAUGCAGAUGGAAUACCUCGAUAUGGUGGUGAACGAAUCCCUCCGGCUCUUCCCCCCUGGGGGCAGGAUUGAGAGGGUCUGCAAGAAGACAGUGGAGAUCAACGGUGUGACUAUUCCAAAGGACAUGGUGGUCAUGAUCCCAGCCUAUGUCCUGCAUCGUGAUCCAGCAUACUGGCCGGAGCCGGAGGAGUUCAGGCCUGAGAGGUUCAGUAAAGAGAGAAAAGAGUCUAUGGACCCCUACACCUUCCUGCCAUUCGGGGCUGGCCCCAGGAACUGCAUAGGAAUGAGGUUUGCCCUCCUCACGGUGAAAGUGGCUGUGGUCUUCCUGUUGCAAAACUUCUCGUUCAGAACCUGCAAAGACACGCCGAUCCCACUGGUUCUGGACACAAAAGGCUUCAUGCAACCGAAGCAGCCCAUCGUCCUGAAGAUGGUCCGGAGAGCCCAUGCUGAUCUGGAGAAGUGA